AUGGAUUAUAAAGAACCUUUAACUUUCAACUGUGCUCUUUAUAAUGUAGUUGGAUGGCAUUAUUACGAUAGAAAUGCAAUUCUUCCAUUUGAUGAAUACUCUAGUACCAAAGAAUUUGUUUUUCAAGUUGUAGACAAUAUUCAAAAUUUGAAGAAUCCAAAAGAUGCUGAAAAAGUAAUUGAUUUCCUUGUCAUUGUGUGUAACAUUACUCAAAAAAUGAAACUCAGAAAUGUGUAUUUGGCUUUAUCUGAAUUCUUCCGUUCGCCUGAAAAUUCUAUGUAUAUUGAAUUGAUGCGAGAGAUAGAUUAUGAGAAAAUUUAUUGCAAACUCUUAAUAUUUUUCGAUAAAUCAAAGGAUUUAAAAACCAGAAUUGAAAGCUAUACACGCAGAUCAAUUUGUACACUUCCUGACAAUAAUUAUUUUUUAUCAAACGAUGAUUCAAGUUUCGAUUAUUUGACUGAAUUUGUAAAAUAUUCAUUACUUGAUGAAACUUUGAAAAAAUUUGAGCAAUGUGAUAUGGAUUCUGUUCUUAGUAUCUUUUAUAUUUUUGACGCUCACAUGGAUUAUGCAUCCAGGAUAAUCCAAUUUGAUCAAGAAAUGAUACCAAUUAUUAAAAAAGGUGUAACGGAACAGUUUGAAAGUAGAGUACCUGAUUCUUUUAAAGAUUUGAAUAAUGUUGCAUCGGCAAUUUUUCAAAAGCAGAUAAUUUCUCGAAAACUGUAUGAACGUUUCUAUUAUUUAUGGGAUAGAUUUCCACGAAAUUUAGUUCUAAAAUCCCCAAAUAAUGAUAAUUUUGACCUCAAAAAGUAUAUCAAAGGUAAAUUUGAAACAGGUGAUGGAAUUCCUUUAUCAGCAAUUGAUUCUUUCAUUAAUGAAACAAUAAAUAGCAAAACAACGAAAAAAGUAUAUGAUCUAUUUAAUGAAAUCAGAUACAUUUCAGAAGAAGAAAAAAAGAAUAUAAUUCAAAUACUCGCAGAUACUAAUUCAAAUGAAUCAAUUACCAAUUUUGUUCAAAACGUUAAAAAGUUGUUGAAGAAAGCUAAAAACAUAAAAAGAGAUUCAUUUGGAUUGUUUCUUGCCGAUAAUGUUGAUUUUCUAAUCCUUAAUACUACUGAUGUUUCCAAAUUAUAUCAAAACCCGUCAGAAUUUGCAGAAAAGAGGAUCAAAUCUUCAAAGAAUACCAAUGAACAAGCUUUAAGUUUGGAUAAAAGAGGAGAAUCGAAUCUAAAAAAUGGAUUUGAAAAAGAUGCCCCCCAAUCAAUGAAGUCUGAUAAGAAAGAAGCAAGUAGUAAAACUAUACAGCAAUAUCAAACUAUAGUUAAAGAGGAAAUGUCUCGAUUGGGUGUAAAUGUAUCUGGCACUAAUUUCUCACCCAAUAACGAUAAUAGUGAGCAGAGCAAAAGCAAACGUGAGUUAAUUCUCAGUUAUAGAGGAAUUGAUUAUUUAUUUGUCAAGAAAUUUCAAAAUAGAUAUGUUGCAAAUUUUUCGAAGAUUGAAAUCAAAGUGAAAGAUAUCAAUGAUAUUAAUAAUUAUCCAUUCGAAAUAUCAAUUCGAUAUAUGAGUGAUGAUAAUUCGAUUCCAAUAUUAAAUAUUAGUAAUGAACUCAUGAAUUGUAUCACAAUUUCAACGAAUACAUCAAAUGUUACAAUCUUCGUUCAUUUUAAUAAUUAUAUGCUAGGAAAUUAUCAAUACAAAGGGAUGAUAACGAUCAACAACUUUGUAUUCCCUUUCAUUUUUGAUUUCAAUAUAAUUGAUACAACAUGUUAUAUAGAGAUUCCUGGAUUCGAUUUCUAUGUCGAUCAAACAACGAACAGGCCAACAACGAUCAUCAAUGAUAUAUCACCGUAUGAUAAAUUCGUCAUUGAAGCAUUCGAUAGCAAUUACAAUCCAAUUCCUCAUCUCAUUGAUAUAUACGGCAAUGUUUCUAUUGAACAAAAUGACGAAAAAACGAAAUCUAUCAUGAGUAUUCCAACUCCAAUUAAUUUCGGAAUUGUUAUUCAUACAUCUAAACAGGAAUACAAAGAGUUUUUCACAGGAGUUCAAUUCUUUUUCAGCAAUGCAGAAAUGAAUGUUGAAAUGUUUUAUUUUCAUCCAGGAAAAAAUGAAUUCAUAAAAUCUGAUAAAAUCUUUUCAGGAUUAUUAGAUUUAAAGCAACAUUUUUAUGUUCCAGGAUUCAAUUUAUCAAAUAUGAAGGUAGAAAUAGCUAAAAGUGAAUUAAUUGAAACUUCCGAGCUUGAAAUUAAUGGAAAUAUUUUUGAUAUCAAUGUUUCAUUCAAGAGAUUACCAGAAGGCAUUGAAUGGAUUGAAUUCAAGUUCUGUAACGCUAAUCAAGAGAAAACAAUUAAAUUUGAAGUCGUUAACGCAACAAUUGUUUUAGAAACACAAAAUGAAUUUGCAACGUAUAAAUGGAAUUAUGAAGAAUUGAAUCCAACUCCAUGCCUUCAUUAUGAUAUUGAUGAAAAUAUUUUCAAGCCAAUUGUUGCAAAUCAAUUCAUUAAGAAACCAGAAUAUAAGUUUAUUGUUGUUGGAUUAUUUAAUUAUGCUUAUGUUUCAUAUGAUGAGCCUAAUAUUGAAACCAGUGUUAGCUACAAUAAUGAUAUCAUUUAUCAUCCGAAUGUUACAAACUAUUGUUUUCUAGUGUUAGAAAACAACAAGAAUAUUAAAAUCAUUCGAAAAGAAGAUUUUAAUCCGUAUUCAAUGAUUAAGAUUUGUUCAAGAUUGUGUGAUUAUGAUUUUAACCCUGAGAAUGAUAACAAUGAAAAAUGGAAAUAUACAUGGUUGCCUAUCCAUGAAAAUGUUAAUUAUAUUGAUGAUAUACUGCGCAAAAUGGAUAGAAGUACAAUCACAGAAUUCAAUGAUAAGUUCUUUAAGUUCAUUCGCGAAUAUAAAUUACCAUUAUAUCCCAUUUCAUCCUAUACAAAAGCAAUUAAAGAAGUUUUUAUUGUUUGCGUAAAAAUACUGAAAAAGACAAAAUAUCAAUUGAGAUAUCCAAUGGGAGCCCAAAAGUUCAAAGCAGCUCAUCAAACCUUGUUUAGACCUUUUAAUCCGGCAUUGAUUAAAAUCAAUAAGAUUGAUCGUAACGAAAAUGACGUCAUCAAAUUUUCAAGGAAUGAGAUAUCAAUUCUUAACUCAAAUGAUAUAACAUUCAAUGCAAUAGAUCAGUUUUCAUGUGAGUUUGGGGAUUUUUCAACGAAUGACGAUUUCAAUUAUGAUUUCGAUCAAAUGAUGAAUAUUGAAAAUGCAAUUCGUCUUUGUUCUGUUUUACCAUUCAUGAUUCACACUCAUAAUAUAAGUAAUGAAGAUUCAUCGAAAAUAUACAAAAGAUUAUUCGAUUAUCAUUCUAAUCUCAUUAAAGAAUCUAAUGAUGCAUUAAAUAUUCAUAACUUUGAUAUCUCAUUUGAAUUUAUGAAAUUGCUUAUAUCAGAAGAUUGUUCAUUCAUUUCGAUCAACACAUCAAAAGUUAUCAAAAACACACGAACAAUAUUUGAUAGUAUUUGUUCGCAAUCUAUCGCACGCAAUGAUCCAAGUUAUUCGAAUUCAAAUGCAUUAUACUAUCAAAAUUAUCAGAACACAUCAUAUUCAGAAACAACAGAUAUUCAUUCAAAUCAGAUUACAUUAAAUAUUGAUUCCCAAUAUCAACAGAAUCAAUCUAACACAAGCGAAUCGAUUUCUUCAGAUUCGAAUCAAAUGUAUGUCCAGAAUAAUCAAAGUUCAUCGUAUCUCAAUUUCAAUCAAACUGAUGAUCUAUACAUCUGA